AUGUUUGCGACUUCACAACAAGCACAGUGCGACAAUCACGAUGAAUACUUAAUUGAUUCUACCGGCAGAGACAUCAUCUUAGAAAUCCACAAUCAGAAAAGGCAGUCCACAGCUAGCGCUGGAUACAGAAAUGGUGUUAACACCUUCAACAUAAGAUAUGCAAAGAACAUGCUGGAAAUGAAAUACGAUUACUUCACGCAAUUCUUCGCCAAUAAGAAACCUACUGUGUACCAUUGGUCGCAGAUGGUUUGGGCAAAAACGUAUAAAAUCGGAUGCGAGAUAGGAGACUGCGAUGGCAAAACCAUCGUAAUGUGCCGUUACAGUCCGAAAGGAAAUGUGGUGGGGGAAAAAGUUUACCAGCCCGGUAAAGUACUGACUUGCGAGAAUGAAGAAUCUCAAUGA